ACAUAUAGCUUUGAAUGACGUAUUGGGUACAGCAACGGCACUACGCGAGCAAUUAUGUUAAGCCAACUCGGAAUAUCAGGCAAAGGUUCAGAAAAGGCCAGCGGCAGCCGUUAUAUACCUCUGUCGUCUCUCCAAUCGUCGACAAACCAUUCGCUGAGGGAGCCGCCCGCUGAGGAUGAACCUCUUACUUCUGGAUUUCAGGGACCGAGCCUAGCGCAGCGGCAACACGACGGGGCGCCCGUAUCCCGGCUAAGGUCAUUCAGAAAUGGAUCGCUUCUCAUCGCAGCAUCCGUGGUUAUCGGUAUAGGCAUCACCUUUGCCAUGGGCUGGACGGUUGGGAAUGCGCGUUCUGGGCAGCCAGCCUCAGGGGCGCAACUAGGGAACAAAACGGCGGCCCUGGCCUCCGGGCGGACGUACUACAUCGCCGCAGACAAGAUAAGCUGGGACUACGCGCCCUCGGGUCGGAUGCGCUGCUACCCCCCGGGGUUCGCGGCCAUGCCCACCGGUGCUGCACGCAUUGGCGGCACGUUUGUGAAAGCCCAGUACCGCGAGUACACGGACGCCAGCUUCAAGGCUCUGAAGCCGCGGGGCAAGGAGUGGGAGCACCUGGGCUCGCUGGGCCCUGCCCUGUAUGCGGAGGUGGGCGACGUGUUGGUGGUGGUGUUCAGGAACAACCUGCCCUUCCCAGUCAACAUGGCGCCCACGGGGGGCCUCACCAUCGCGCCAGACCGUCCAGGCGGCCCCACGUCCGCCAACGUCACGCAGCCGGUGCCGCCCGGCCACACCGUCACCUACACCUGGGCCGUGCCGGAGCAGGCGGGGCCGCAGCCGGGCGCCACCGUGUCCAGCCGUAUGUGGCUGUACCGCAGCAAUGUGGACCCGGCGGCGCACGACAACGCCGGACUGACGGGGCCGGUCAUAGUGGCGGGGCGCGGCCAGGCGGGGCCGGGCGGCCGGGCGCGGGACGUGGACCGCGACGUGGUGUCUGUGUUCGCGGUGGUGGAGGAGCGCUCCAGCCCCUUUGCGGCGCAGCACGACCCAAAGCUGACCUCCGGCGCCAGCUUCACCAAGAACAUGAUAAACGGCUGGGAAUUCUGCAACAUGCCGGCGGGUGGCAUCACGCUGCGCACCGGGGAGCGGGUGCGCUGGCACGUGAGCUCUGUGGGCAACCACGACGGGCUGCACAACUACCACUGGCAUGGGCACGUGGUUGAGCUCAACGGUCACCACGUGGACCAGUUCACGGGCAUCCCCACCGCCUCCUACUCCGUCAACAUGGUGCCGGACGAGCCCGGUAACUGGCUCUUCCACUGCCACGUGAACCAGCACAUGGGCGGCGGCAUGGUGGACAUGUACACAGUGGAGGGCCCCCGCGCUCCGCUGCCUGCCUCCACGGGUGUGGAGCGCACCUACUACGUUGCCGCGGAGGAGGUGCUGUGGGAUUACGUGCCGUUGGGGAUGGACCACUGCAGCAACCCGCCCAAGCCCUUUACGCCCGACACCGUGGGCUACCCCUACCUCGCCGGGCCCUGGCCGGGCAGUGGCGCCAACGCCAACGGCAGCAGCGGCGGCACUAGCACCAGUAGCAACGGCGGCGCCAACAGCAGCGCCACCGCCGCCACGCCCACGCCCCGUCUGGGCCCCCAGCUAGUCAAGACGCUGUAUGUGGAGUACACAGACGCCAACUUCACCGCCGCCAAGCCGCGGCUGCCGGGUGACGCCUAUCAGGGCUUCAUGGGGCCGCUCUUGCGAGCCAACGUGGGAGACACCAUCAAGGUGGUGUUCCGGAAUCGGGCGCGCGUGCCCACCUCUAUCCACGCCCACGGCGUGCGCUACAGCAAGGCCAAUGAGGGAACGCUGUACGAGGACGGCUCGGACCCCGCCACGGACAAGGCAGACGACGUGGUGGCGCCGGGGCAGACCUACACGUACACGUGGCAUGUGCGUGAGCUGUCGGGCCCGGGCCCCCGCGACCCGUCCUCGCUGCUGUGGAUCUACCACGGCCACGUGGACGAGGCGGCGGAGACCAACGCCGGCCUCAUGGGCGGAAUCAUCAUCACACGGCGGGGCAUGGCCCGCAGCGCUUCCGACCUGACACCAGUGGAUGUGGACCGGGAGGUGGUGCUGCUUAUGACCGUCACGGAUGAGACAGCGUCCUCCAACUUCAAGGCCAACCUCCAGAAGGUGGACCCCACGGCUGCGUCUGACCCAGCGGCGCUCGGGCGCAUUACCGGUGACCCGGACUUCCAGUCUCACAUGCUCAAGCACUCCAUCAACGGCUUCAUGUACUGCAACCUGCCGCGCCUCAAUUUCACGGUGGGGGAGCGGGUGCGGUUGCACAUCAUGUCAUUCGGCAGCGUGGACGACACCCACUCGGUGCACAUGGGCGGCCCCCGCCUGGACUACAACCGCCAGCACAGCGACGCGGUGCAGAUCAGCCCCGGCGGCAUGAUCAGCGCAGACGUGGCAUUCACGGCGCCAGGCAACUACGAGCUGCAGUGCCGCAUGGCGCACCACAUCAUCGCCGGCAUGCGGGCGCGGUACGCCGUGUUUCCAGCCGACCCCCAGGCAGCACCGCAGCUGCCCGCCACGCAGCUGACGGGCGUCACACGUACCUACUUCGUCCAGGCCGAGCCCGUGGAGUGGGACUACGCCCCCGCCGGCUACCAGAAGUGCACCGAGACGGACAUGUUGGGCGAGGCCACGCCGUACCUGGUCCGCAGCAGCGCCAGCAUUGGAUCCAAGUACCGCAAGGCCGUGUACAGGGAGUACACGGACGCGUCGUUCACAGUGCGUAAGGCCGGACCUAACUACACAGGCCUGGUGGGGCCACUGCUCAUUGCCGAGGUGGGCGACCGGCUGGACGUGCACUUCCGCAACGCGCUUGUGGACUUGCCGCACUACCCCGUCAACAUAGCCCCCGGCGGCGGCCUGGUGGAGGAUGGCUCGGACGCCGCCUGCGCAGGCGGUGCGCCGGUGGCUGCUGGUGAGGACUGCGUGUACCGCUGGAUCGUGCCUGACACCGCCGGGCCGGCAAUCGCUGACUUUAGCACAGUGGCGUACGGCUACACCAGCAGUGUGGACAUGGCCUCGGCGCCCAAUCUGGGCCUGGUCGGGGCGCUGGUGGUGGCGGGGCGCGGGGAGCUACAGCCGCCCGCCGCGGCGGGCGCUGCGCCGCUGCCUGCCGGCGUGGACUUCUUGGUGCCGCUGUACUUCCAGGUCAUGGAUGAGAACUCCAGCCCCUACCUGCCCGCCAGCGCCAAGGCGGCGGGGGUCAACCUCACAGCCAUGAGCGCCAUCGAGGAUGAGCACAACACCCACACGCCCGCCGGCAGCGGAAGCGUGAGCGGCAGUGGGAAUGCUCAUGGCAGCAUGGACAUGAGCGGCGGCGGCGAAAUGGCCAUGGAGCCGGAGGAUUUCAUGGAAACCAACCGCAUGCACGCUAUCAACGGCUACGUGUACUGCAACCUGCCGCGGCCCGCCUUCCCCACCGGGUCGCUGGUGCGAUGGGUGCUUAUGGCGUACGGCACAGCGAGCGAGUUCCACGCACCCUACUUCGUCAACCAUGUAGUGCAGGUGGACCGAUCCGGCUGGAGUACGCUGGCAUCCCUUAUGCCAGCCACCGUCCGUACUGCUGACAUGCGAGCCGGCACCGCUGGCAACUGGUUGAUGUUCUGUGACGUGCACCACGACUACAUGGCGGGCAUGAUGGCGGAAUUCACAGUGCUGCCGGAUAUGAGCAGGCAGCGGGCGUAGGCUGCAGGCGCAGCACAGGAUAUGAACUGGCCCUCGGCUACUUGCCCGGUGAUGGCUGAGAGUAAGUAUUACGUGAUGUUAUGAAAAGGCUCAUUGCCUGCCAAAUGUGAUGGGACUGUGGUCCAGAAUGGCCCCUUGUUCAUUGGCGCUCUUCAUUGUUUUGGCUGUGUGCAGCAACUGUGUGAGGCAUCCUUGGUGUGGAGUACGAGCAUAAGAUAAGCCGUGAAUCGAGGUGAAAUCAUAAUGUCUAUUUAUUGGUAGUGAUCGCGUGACCCGGAAACGCAGGAAUUAUGUCGGGAGGGGGUGGGGCAUGCCAAAUGCGCUCGAGGUGGGGGGUCAGGCAUCGCUGGCGUGUCGGCAGUUAUAAACGAAGGACCUGCGAGUUGUCUUUUAGUUAUGAUGAGAUAUAGAUAAAUUGCUAGGCUUUACGUUUCCAGUUUCUGGCGCCUCACAAGCUUGAAGGAUCGAUUUCAAAUAUAGUUGUUGGGCUUGGCGAACAGCGCGGCAAAGAGUGCACAAGAUAUGCUUACGCUACAUAGUAGUAAUUUAAGUACCGUAGGCAAGAGGUCUCGCCUAAGCAGCGAGGCAUGUCGCGCAUCAGUUGCGAGCAGGGGCAGGCUUGCGGCACGCGACCGCAUGCUGGUCGCCCAAGCUCAGCCACUGCGGGUGGCUAUUGUUGGUGGUGGUAUUUGCGGUCCAACACUGGCGGCACUGAUGGCCCGCGAGCUGCGUGACCCCUCAGUGCUGGCCGGGGGUGUGGAUGUGCACCUAUUCGAGCAGAGGGAUGAUUCCGAGGACAGGGUAGGACCUUGGUGGACUGGGCGGACUAUGUCAUGGAAGCAUAGCACUUUCCAGCUGGUGCCAUACCCCUGGCAGUUCUGAAAGUCACGUGGCAGGGUGGCAGCUCUGUAAGUAACAUCGGGA